CAUAGCGAGGACGACGGACGCGACGACGAGACUCUGGCCGAGUGAUCCGUGCGGUUUUGGCCAUUAAGGACAAUCAUACCGAGUGUGCGCGUCGAGGUGAUAUGCCGGGAUUGGAGCACAGCUUCGGCUUCUACUCGAAUACAUCAGCGUUAGGCCUAAUGUCCGAUGGUGUCGCCGCCGAGCAAGUGAAAAAGUUCUUUUUCACCUCGGGUAAAGCUCAUCGGCCACGCUGUAGCACCAGUCGCGACGACGACAGCGACGAUCCAGACGACCAAGACUCGGAAACUCUCGAAGUUUUCAUUCCAGAGCUUCUUCAAGCCAGCUAUAAUUUCUAUACUUGGCCUUCUGCUCCGGUAUUGGCCUGGUACCUCUGGGAACAUCGUAAAGAAAUAGCAGGAAAGCGUACUUUGGAAUUAGGUUCUGGAACUGCACUUCCUGGUAUUGUAGCUAGCAAGUGUGGAGCUAUUGUUACUUUGAGUGAUUCUGCAACGCUUCCCAAAAGCCUACAGCAUUUACGAAGAAGUUGUGAACUCAAUGGUGUUCUUCCUCAAGUUAAAAUAGUUGGAAUCACCUGGGGCUUAUUUUUAUCUAGUUUAAUAAACCUUGGACCAAUCGAUUUGAUAAUAGGAUCAGAUUGUUUUUACGAUCCUACUGUUUUCGAGGAUAUAAUUGUCACAGUUGCUUAUCUCUUGGAAAAAAAUCCUGCUGCAAAGUUCCUGUGUACCUAUCAAGAGCGCAGUGCUGAUUGGUCUAUUGAACAUUUACUCAAUAAGUGGGGUCUGAAGUGUUCUCAUAUAUCUCUAGAAAAUCUUGGUUCGAAAUCCGGAUUAGAUGUUAAUGAAUUGAUGCAAGAUCAUACUAUUCAUCUUCUAGAAAUCAAAAAAAGUUAAAAGAUUAAUAUGGCCAGCAGAGGUGU